AUGGGAAAACUAUUUGGAGUUCUGUUCGAUACGGUGUCGGGAGUGCUGAGGGGGGAGGGCUUGGCCCUUGUGGUUGCAGGUGGCAAGGAAGUAGGAACAAGGGGUGGCAGUGUCGGGGGUCUGGGGGAACAUGGGCUUGAGUGGGGAGUGCCUCAGAAAGAGCAAGGCGGCGGAUGUUUCUCUCUUGGUGUGACCGGCGGCAGUAUCGAUCAGCAAAGCCGCACACACUUUUGCGCGCCCAAAUAUGCGUGCGAGAGCUUUAACCUAGCCACUUGGGUGGAAAGCGGAUUUCUGUUCGAUACGGUGUCGGGAGUGCCGAGGGGGGAGGGCUUGGCCCUUGUGGUUGCAUGUGGCGAGGAAGUAGGAACAGGGGGUGGCAGUGUCGGGGGUCUGGGGGAACAUGGGCUUGAGUGGGGAGUGCCUCAGAAAGAGCAAGGCGGCGGAUGUUUCUCUCUUGGUGUGACCGGCGGCAGUAUCGAUCAGCAAAGCCGCACACACUUUUGCGCGCCCAAAUAUGCGUGCGAGAGCUUUAACCUAGCCACUUGGGUGGAAAGCGGAUUUCUGUUCGAUACGGUGUCGGGAGUGCCGAGGGGGGAGGGCUUGGCCCUUGUGGUUGCAUGUGGCGAGGAAGUAGGAACAGGGGGUGGCAGUGUCGGGGGUCCGGGGGAACAUGGGCUUGAGUGA